UUUCACUGAUCUGAAACCAGACAACAUGGCGGGUUUAACACAUCAGCUGUUGUCAAUAGCCGUCGUCCUUGGUGCGGUUCAACCAAUCGGGGGCUACAGCUUCAAAAACUGCAUCGAAGACUCGUACUCAAAUCGACAAAGUUUCAACUGCAUCAAUCGCAAGGAAAGGAACAUGAGUGCAAUGAUCGAGGACCUGCUGCCAACUGCUCUCAAUCUCACCAUCUCCUACACUUUCAUUGAUCACAUUCCAAGCCAGAGCUUUGUUCAUCUACCAAACCUUCAGAACCUCAGAUUAGACCAUAAUCCCUUGACAAGCAUUGAUAAAGGUGCUUUCCGAGGCUUGAAGGACCUUAAGUCUCUCAAUGUGUCCUUUAACAAGAUAUUGGAGCUCAACCCUUCAGUGUUUAACAACUUAAACAAUCUGAACUAUCUCUCACUGACAAACAACAGUUUAAAGCAGCUCCCCCAGGGCGUUUUCUCCAAUCUUUCCCAUCUUCACACUUUACUGCUGGGACAAAACUUUCUGACAAAUUUCUCGCGGAUUGCUGAGUCAGUGUCACAUCUACAAAAUCUGAGAGUACUAGAUCUUUGUUGUAACAAGUUGAACUCUCUGAGCCAUUCGAAUGUAUCCCUCCCCAAAUCCCUCACUACAUUAUACUUAUGUAAAAAUAAUCUAGUCCAAUUGGGAUGCGAGGAUUGGUUUCUCGGGUUCAUCCGGGUGUUGGAUCUGUCCAACAAUCCCCAGCUCGAUUCAGGGGCCUUUGAAGAAGUCGAUCUCAGGCGUAUAAAUUAUCUGCGUCUGCGUUCCACAAGUGUGGAUGUGCUGACGUUUUUAAACAUCAGCAACGUCAAUGCAAGUCACGUGGAUUUCUCUGGCACAGGUCUAAACAACACCAGGCUCGGGGAGUUGUGCAGAUUGUUAGGGACAAAUGGGAAAACGAUUAGAAAAUUAAGCCUGGGUAAUAAUGAGAUUAAGAUAACAGAUCAAAUGCUGAACGAUUGUCCUACGAUCACAGGGAUCCUGGAUCUAUCACGGAACCACCUAGAAAACACAAAUUGUCUGAAGUUCCUCAAUAAACAGAAAUCUAUAACGACUAUCAAUGUAGAGCAUAACCAUCUCACCUUCCUCAAAUCCUGUCAAAAACCACAUUUGGAGUAUUCUAAUAAUCUGACAGAGCUGAGCUAUCGCUAUAACCGCAUCUUGAACGUGGACUCUAAUGCUUUCAAUUCUACGCCGAAUGUCAAGACGCUGAAGCUUAACAUAAACAUAAUUGCUUAUUUCCAUUGUGACGCUCUCAAAGGGCUCAAAAGUCUUGAGACACUACGUUUGGAUAAUAACAUUUUAACUGAUUUGCUUAGAUGCAUGUUUAGAGACAAUCACAAUUUAAAAAUCCUUAACCUACGCAACAAUCGCAUAUCCGUUAUUUUUAGAGGAACAUUUGGUAACCUCGGCAGUCUAAACACGCUGGAUCUAGGAGGUAAUAAGAUCACUCACUUUGAGCAAUCUGGCUUUGAUGGGCUGAAAAGUCUGUCUAAAUUCUACCUAGAUGGAAACAACCUCAGACAGAUUGACACCUCUUUCUAUCAUGUAUUUCAAGACACACUGACAGUGCUGGAUUUACAAAGAAAUCAGAUUCGCUUCCUCAACGAAAAACCCAGUUCACCCUUCGUGAAUCUCAGCAAACUCAGUGAUCUGAAACUAGAUGGGCAGCGUCCGCAUGGCCUCACGGUUUUACCCCGCCAUUUUUUCCGUGGCCUCCACUCACUGAAAUCUCUGUGUCUCACCAACAAUAACAUCUAUUUACUUGAACCGGAUACCUUCGAUGAUCUGACAGGCUUGCAGUUCCUCACAUUGGAUAACUGCUGCGUGGGGGCGACUCAACUACAACCGGGAGUCUUUAAAAAUAUGCAAAAUCUGACCCGUUUGAUCUUAGAAAAUAUGGGCCUUCAGAAAUUCUCAAAAGAUGUUUUUGGGAAUCUCACACAGUUACGCAGACUGCAGCUCAACCGUAAUGUGAUGCAGAAGGUUGAUGUUGAUGCACUAGAAAGUUUCCCCAGCCUCAACUACCUCGAUGUACGCAACACUCCUUUCAUCUGCACUUGCGACAACAGCUUACUGCAAAACUGGACAGUACAUUCGAAUGUUCAGGUGGUCUAUCUGUACAAUCUGCCGUGCCCACACGAUGCAAAACAGAGGUUCUACAACUUUGACACCAAAGUUUGUUACCGAGAUGUAGAAAAGUACCUGUUCAUAAGCACAGCCGUCGCAAUCUUUCUAUUCACAGCAGCUCCUUUACUGUAUGUCAAACUCUACUGGAAAAUGAAGUAUGGCUACUAUGUGUUCCGUUCUUGGUUUAGUGAGCAGUGGCGCACACUCAGAGAACAAGAGGAAAAUUGCAAAUAUGAUGCAUUUGUUUCCUACAAUUCCGCUGAUGAACAGUGGGUCAUGGAGCAGUUAAUGCCCAACUUGGAGGGGAACGGAUCGUCUUUAAAGCUGUGCCUACAUCACAGGGACUUUGAGCUUGGCCGGGACAUCGUGGACAACAUCGUCUCUGCUGUGUAUAGCAGUCGUAAAACCAUUUGUGUGGUGAGCAGGAAUUUCCUAAAAAGUGAGUGGUGCUCCCUGGAAAUCCAACUGGCCAGCUACCGACUCUUUGAUGAGCACCGCGACGUUCUCCUGCUCGUGUUCUUGGAGGAGAUCUCUCAGAGGCAGGUGUCUUCCUACCACCGCAUGAGGAAAGUCAUGUUAAAAAAGACUUAUCUGCAGUGGCCUGGCUCAGACUGCACUAACCCGACACAGGCCCAAGAACUGUUUUGGAAUCAGCUACGUAGGGCAAUGAGAAGUGGGAGCAAACCAGAGACGGGAGAACAGCACAGAAAAGGUUGUAAAGAACAAGAAAAAAGAGAGACUGAGACCCACACAUCAUAUGACAACAAUUACUUGCUACCUUGAAAUUAUUUUGGGAUUGUCAAGUUAAUCCUCAUCCCUGCUGCUUGGAGGGGGUCAUUUAAAGUGGUGUAGAUAUGACGAAAUGCAAGACUAAUCCUUUCUAGAAAGCAGGAAAAAAAUAGUUAAUUUAAUAAAUUGUACUACUGGAUCAUGAAUUUAGUAUGUUUUGAUUUAGCAUGUAUUUUAUACCAUUGCACAAAUGUUAAGAAUGUGUUUAAUUCCAAUUAAAUGUGCACAAACAACAAAAUAUAAAAUAGUUUUCACAAUAGUACAUUGUUAGUUAAAAUCUUACCA